CAUCAUCAUCAUCAUCAUCAUCAUCAUCAUCAUCAUCAUCAUCAUCAUCAUCAUCAUCAUCAUCAUCAUCAUCAUCAUCAUCAUCAUCAUCAUCAUCAUCAUCAUCAUCAUCAUCAUCAUCAUCAUCAUCAUCAUCAUCUUCAUCAUCAUCAUCAUCAUCAUCAUCAUCAUCAUCAUCAUCAUCAUCAUCAUCAUCAUCAUCAUCAUCAUCAUCAUCAUCAUCAUCAUCAUCAUCAUCAUCAUCAUCAUCAUCAUCAUCAUCAUCAUCAUCAUCAUCAUCAUCAUCAUCAUCAUCAUCAUCAUCAUCAUCAUCAUCAUCAUCAUCAUCAUCAUCAUCAUCAUCAUCAUCAUCAUCAUCAUCAUCAGCAUCAUCAUCAUCAUCAUCAUCAUCAUCAUCAUCAUCAUCAUCAUCAUCAUCAUCAUCAUCAUCAUCAUCAUCAUCAUCAUCAUCAUCAUCAUCCAUCAUCAUCAUCAUCAUCAUCAUCAUCAUCAUCAUCAUCAUCAUCAUCAUCAUCAUCAUCAUCAUCAUCAUCAUCAUCAUCAUCAUCAUCAUCAUCAUCAUCAUCAUCAUCAUCAUCAUCAUCAUCAUCAUCAUCAUCAUCAUCAUCAUCAUCAUCAUCAUCAUCAUCAUCAUCAUCAUCAUCAUCAUCAUCAUCAUCAUCAUCAUCAUCAUCAUCAUCAUCAUCAUCAUCAUCAUCAUCAUCAUCAUCAUCAUCAUCAUCAUCAUCAUCAUCAUCAUCAUCAUCAUCAUCAUCAUCAUCAUCAUCAUCAUCAUCAUCAUCAUCAUCAUCAUCAUCAUCAUCAUCAUCAUCAUCAUCAUCAUCAUCAUCAUCAUCAUCAUCAUCAUCAUCAUCAUCAUCAUCAUCAUCAUCAUCAUCAUCAUCAUCAUCAUCAUCAUCAUCAUCAUCAUCAUCAUCAUCAUCAUCAUCAUCAUCAUCAUCAUCAUCAUCAUCAUCAUCAUCAUCAUCAUCAUCAUCAUCAUCAUCAUCAUCAUCAUCAUCAUCAUCAUCAUCAUCAUCAUCAUCAUCAUCAUCAUCAUCAUCAUCAUCAUCAUCAUCAUCAUCAUCAUCAUCAUCAUCAUCAUCAUCAUCAUCAUCAUCAUCAUCAUCAUCAUCAUCAUCAUCAUCAUCAUCAUCAUCAUCAUCAUCAUCAUCAUCAUCAUCAUCAUCAUCAUCAUCAUCAUCAUCAUCAUCAUCAUCAUCAUCAUCAUCAUCAUCAUCAUCAUCAUCAUCAUCAUCAUCAUCAUCAUCAUCAUCAUCAUCAUCAUCAUCAUCAUCAUCAUCAUCAUCAUCAUCAUCAUCAUCAUCAUCAUCAUCAUCAUCAUCAUCAUCAUCAUCAUCAUCAUCAUCAUCAUCAUCAUCAUCAUCAUCAUCAUCAUCAUCAUCAUCAUCAUCAUCAUCAUCAUCAUCAUCAUCAUCAUCAUCAUCAUCAUCAUCAUCAUCAUCAUCAUCAUCAUCAUCAUCAUCA